AUGUCUCGAUUUGCUAGUCUUUCCGAGGGAACGUUCGACGUUGCCUUCGCCUUGAUGGAGGCGUACAAGGAAGAUCCAUCACCGUGGAAAGUUGAUCUCACACCGGGGAUCUACCGUGACGAAGAUGCAAAGCCUUGGGUCUUGCCGUCUGUACGAAAGGCCAAGCAGGCCUUGCUAAGCGAUCUGACCGCGGAUCACGAACCUUUGCCGAUCCUCGGCCAUCCUGAACUGCUCGAUAGUGCCCAAAGACUUGUAUUCGAUGCAACACCCGAGGAGGUCAAGACCAUCGCUUCCAUCCAGACUAUUGCGGGGACCGGGGCAAAUCACCUCGGUGCCUUGCUUUUGGCCAAGUCUAGCUGCCCUCGGACAGUCUGGAUCUCGGACCCCUCGUGGAUCAAUCAUCCCGAAAUCUGGCGGUUAGUAGACAGCGGCAUCAAGCGUCAGACAUACCCGUACUUCGAUAAGAAAUCAUUCACUAUCGAUUUCAAUGGGAUCAUAUCUACCCUCCAGCUGAAGGCCACAGAGGGUGACGUCGUGGUCUUGCACGGCUGCGCACAUAAUCCUACUGGACACGACUUCACUAAGGAUCAGUGGAAGGCCAUUGCCAAUGUUUGCGAACAGAAAAAGCUUAUUCCUUUCUUUGAUCUGGCCUACCAGGGCUUUGCCACCGGAGAUUUGGCUGAAGAUGCGUGGUCCGUACGGCAUUUCUUCCGCAACACGUCGCUGGAAAUUUUAGUGGCGCAAUCGUUUUCCAAGAACUUUGGUUUGUAUGGCGAACGUGUCGGCGCGCUCCACGUUGUAUGCCGGACGGAAGUCGCUAGAUCGAAGGUCCACAAGAUGCUUAGACGCCUGUCUCGCGCUGAGAUAACAACACCCCCUAUCAACGGUGCUAGAAUUGUGGCAAAAGUACUUGGAGACAAAGACUUGGAGCGGCAGUGGCAAAAUGAUCUGUUCCAGAUGAGGGACCGUAUGAGGUCAAUGCGAGAAAGAUUAGUGAAAGCACUUCGGAAGCGUCAAACACCAGGUUCUUGGGAUCACAUAUUGACGGAUAUUGGAAUGUUCUCAAUGGCAUGCUUGCAGCCAGCACAGAUCCGGGCACUGAAAGAAGAAUAUCAUAUAUAUCUUCUUCCUUCGGGAAGAAUAUCCAUGACAGGCUUGACUGAACAUAACGUGGACUAUGUUGCGCAGGCUUUUCACAAUGUCAUUGUUGCUGCCAAACCAGAGUAA